AUGGAUACUAUGGAGACAACUACAGGAGGAGGAGAGACAGCUGGUGAAGAAGAAGAAGAAGAUGUAUCAUUCCAUUUAGGAGAAUUAUUCAAUAGUUAUGAAGAGCUGGAGUGCAAGUUAGAAAAAUUUUCCAAGCGUAGCUUAGUCCAUUAUUGGAGGCGAGACAGCAGAACUGUCAGCGGGGCUCACAUGAAAACUGCAAGGCAUAUUAGCGAAAAACUUAGAUAUUAUUCGGUCAAGUAUGCUUGUAUUUAUGGUGGCCAGAAAUUUCUACCACGUGGUGCUGGUAGAAGACAGUCACAAUCAAUCAGAACAAAUUGUCCUGCGCACAUCAUGUUAAGAGCAUCGAAAGACGGAAAUAAAUUAGAAGUCACUAGCGUAAAUAAUGACCAUAAUCACGAAAUAUCUGAGGAAUUAUUUAAAAAACUACCCCAAGAAAGAAAAUUAUGCGGCGAAAUGAAACAAGAAGUCCAGGAACUUAUGCAGUUACACAUCGACCGUAAAAGAUUAAAAGAGUAUGUACGUUUACGUACAAACAAAAUACUUAGAUCUAAAGAUCUAUUUAACAUUGCCGCCGCAAAUAAACAAAAGAAGACAAUAACUCCUGAGCGAGCGUACGAGUUGUUUGAGCGGAUUCGUGAUUUAGAGGAUUUACAAAACCGCAAUUCUAGCGGUAAAGUAUUUUCUGAAUCUGAUGAUGACACAUCACAGAGUGCCAAGCGUAUUAAAAAGGAACCUCCAUCACCUUGGGGGCAAGAUGAACUAUCAUCAGAAUUAGCUGAAGCAAGUGAAGGUAAUGACGGGGAAGAUUCUUACACUCAAUUAUCGCAAGAAGAAGUUGUUGACGACAUGGAUACAACGGAAGAUCAAUUAUUAAGCACGAAUACCGACGGCGAUUUGAUUUCAGCAAACGGUGAAAUCGUAGGCGAGUUAGUAAUGCAAGAUGACCCGUCGGUUAUUAUUGAGUCAAUAGUCAAUACAGACGAGUAUGGCGACGAGCGUAACUUUGGAAGUUACCGUGAUGACGAUAAUCACCUGAAGCAUCAGGUCGACGACCACACUGAUACCGAAGUGUUGUCAAUUGAUCCCAUUGGAACAGACGCUGAAAUAGAUAAACUCUCGAAGACUCCGUCUAAUUCACCUGUACCUGUACCUGGACAAACGAUAGAAUCACUGUCGGCGGAUAUUGAUGACCAUUCACCGGAGUUAGAUCAAAAUCACUCGCACUCUCAUCAUAUUAAUCAAGACUCUCAUAGAAUUUGGAUUAUGAAAGAGUCGCCGACUCAUCAAACUGAUAACUUUGUUGACGAUGAUGAUGGUAUAAAAACGUCUGCUGUAGAAGCUGCUGGAUGUAGACCAGUUACCACUACAAUUAAUGGUGAAGAAAAUUCGGAUGUUAAUGAAGUUGUUUUUGCAGAAGAGGCUAGUCAUCAGUUAUUACUGGAACAGCUUGCAGUCUUGAGAGCUGAAAAAAAUAAAUUGCAUCAUGAAACAGAAAUGCUUAAGUUGAAAAAAAAUAAACUUAAAUUACAAAUUGAUUGUUUUACAAGUGAACUCAGUAAGCAGGAAAUGGAAAAAGAAAAAUUGAGAUUGGAAAUAACAUUACUUAAGUCUAAAGUCGAUGGUGAUGGUGUUUCUUUGUUGUUUGUACCUUAA